GGAGAGGAAAACAAAACCGCAACUCGCGACGCGAGGUGACCUAACUUUGCCGAUGACGUCACGACGCCGGUCUUGGUGACGACGCGACGCCGGCCGCGAUGACGUCACGAUGCGGGCCGCGAACACGUCACCUCGCUGACGCAAGGAUUUCUCGGUGGCGUCGUGGUGGCGUCAUCGCGCAAGUUUUUAGAAUCGCCCGGAUGGGCAUCGUGAAAGACGCCUCUUGGCGAACAGUUACUGAGACUCGGCCAUAAAAGAAGGCCGCUUGCUUCUGGUGAUAGCCAAUCGGUUUAAAAAAAAAACGUAUAUGUUGUCAGAGCAUGUUUAUUUGCCUCUUCACCACAACCAGUACGUGUGGUUAAUGCGGACGCAAUUCUAUGCAAAAAGUUAUCUAUUUGGUGUUUGAAAAUCUUGCUUCUGGCAAAAAAUAAGGUCCCAUGAUAAAUACGUGACAUGACGUCAUCACGCGCAACAUGCCGUCAUCGCGCCACAUGACGUCAUCCGCGCGACAUGGCGUCAUUGCUUGUGACAUGACGUCAACGCGCGCUGUGUUGCCGGAUGUAGCUCGCUGUUCCCUAGGCGACGACGUUGGCGACGAGUCAGGGAUUUCUCUCCCGCUCCUAUCUCUCAGCGAUAAAUAAAGACUUUUGGAUGUUCUUCAUAGGUAGUGCACCUUUGAAAGAAAAUCAUUUCGCGCCUAUCUCCCAGGACUUCACAUGGCUACAAAUACAUCCUCCGUCAUCCAGGACCUAAUGUAGCAAGCUCCAGGACGUCCAGCAGGUCGUCAAAACCUCUUGGACUUCUUGAUUACCACCCGAAAUAUCUACUAAGGUCCAUCUCAAAUGUCCAUUAAUUAGCAUCUGACUUCCGUCUUCCAGGACCAUCCAGAACUUGAAUUAUUCUGGACCUCUUACAGAUCCUCCUCAAUCCUCUCCUACCCACAACCUUCGCCAUUCACAUCAUCGUGUGUCUCGUCAAGCCGUGCCACCUUGUAUCUCCAUUACUCCGGAUUACCGAUAUACCUUUCUCAAACCAUUUCUAUCACAAGACCUCUCAGAGAUCCUGCAACAUUCAUCAUCCAAGAUUGCCAUUGAUCAAGCAUCUCUUCAUCAUGGACUUUCUGCGACUCCUGCAUUCCGGUUCUUUAUAACCCUGGUUGCUGCUGCUGUCCAGGACCCUCGUCUCAAACCUCGAGUAUUUUGGCCCCGCAUCACGCACAACCUCCUGCAGUGCAUCCAGUUGACGCAGAGCAGAGGCGGCGUCAUCAUGUCUGAGGUUACGGAGUUGGAGUGGGACAGCGCGUUCGUGCGGAGGCUGCGCGAGGAGAUAUCGGCCGAACUGCAGGCGCUGGGCAAGACUGGGGCCGUGCCGGGUCCUGGGCGUCUGGCCGUGUACGCAGGGGCCCUGAGCAAGGUGCUGGAGAGGACCAGCGAUUACAGGGAGGUGCUGAUGGCCACCAUGUCCGAGUACGAGGCUCUCUUCGAGGUUCUGCGUGCCGGGCAUCAAGAGGCUCACUCUCUGCAGUCCACUGUGAGGGCCCGAGCAGGACAGCCUGUUGCCCUGGCCUACUACAGACGGCGUUCAGCCGAGCUACAGGAGAGGAUUGCCCUUAUAGAAGAGAACAAUGCCAAACUGGAGGCUCAACUGCACCAUCGAAAGUCACCAACUACAUCUGUAUUGGAUCAGCCCAUUCCAGAUGCAGCAGAUACACAUGCCAUGCCACCACUCAAACCAAUACACGGUCUCUCUCUGCAUGAGGCCACAGAUCCGGAGUUCCUGACAGAGCGGCUGCAUCAGCUGCGUGCUCGUGAGGCUGAGCUGUGUGUGGCAAACCGGGAGCGCUUUGUGCCGGUGCAGCUCCUCCGUGACCUACGGCAGCAGCUGCAGCAGGAAAUGAGCACACGUAGCCAGCUGCUUGCUGAAAACAUAUCCAGCCGACGCAGGUACAGGAGGCUGAAGGCCUCGUGCGGGGCGGCGAGGAUGUGGCGGCUGCACAACCGUUGCGGUGGUUCCCUGCUGGAGGUCAUGGUACAGGGGGUGUGGGAGAAUGAGCAUCACCAGGAUGACCUGGAGCAAGCAGAGAUGGAGAUGGUCGGUGGCUCUGGGGACGAUGAACCUGGCAAGGGAUCGGAGGGGGCACAAGUUAUUUCCUACAUAGACAGGUUUAAUGAGUUGCUUCAAGAUGGCCACUACGAGCAAGCGGCACAGCAUGCGGCCAGCAGCCCCCACGGAAUUCUGCGAAAGGAGCAUACCGCUCACUGCUUCUCUACGCUCCAUCGGCAGCAUGGAGAGCCACUGCCCCUGCUGCUCUGGUUCCAGACACUGAUAGGUUCUGCGACGGCCACUCGGUGCCUGCCCGAUGCUCGCACAAGUCUGGAGGCCACCUGCUGUUCGCUGCAAGAGCACAGGCUGGACCUGCUCAUGCACUGGGUGACACAUUGCCGGCUAACAUUCUCCGAAGCACUAGGAGAUGUGAUUUGCCGGCAUGGUGAGACGGAGCCAACGACUGCCCCUCUGUGUUUGGUGCUGGCACACGCCGUGUUUGCCGGGUCUGGUGCCCACGGGAAGGCAGCUGAGGCCCUGUGCUGCCAAGGCCGAGUGCAGGGAGCUCUUGCCUAUGUCCACACCUGUGACUCUUUCAGCAUGGAGGACUGCAUAUACCUGGUUCUCCGCUGUGCCAGCGUGGAACUAGUCCGGGGUCUCACUCAGGGCUGGCGGGGACGGCUCCCCAUGCUAUCCCUGGGACUGGUAGCCUCAGUCCUGGUGUCUGCCCAGCGGACUUGCUACGCCAUGCAGCUCCUGCGUGCCAUCUACAGCUGCGGGCCAGACUGUCUCCGAGAAGCCAUCGAGCACGACGCCGUGUGCCCCUCGCCCGGCUGGCGGGGCCUUGCAGAGGAGUGCGAGCGCCACAGCUGCUCUGACCUGGCGACCGCCAUCAUCGCUGCCGUGGCCCCCAUGCCGCUGAGGAGGCUGGACCAUGAUGAGGGCUGGGCCGAGACUGCAGGGGAUGCCCAGCUUCCUAAAGGGCGAGACAACAGCGAGGGACGCUCGCUCAUGGAGCACGUGUUUUACUGAGUGACUGUCACCCAGCAUAAGCCCCUAAAUAAAUAAAAAUGUUGACACUGGCAGUAGGACUGCCACUUGUCUGGUUUCGACUCAAGACAGUCGAGGUGGCAGGAAUUAAUAUGUACCGAUAUCUGGUGGAAUUCUGUUUAAGUUUAUUACAAUUUAGUGCACAGUAUUGAUACACCGAAGGUCCUACGCUGACUGAGAAAUAUGCCUGUCUGGGUUUGGUCUGUAGAAAAUGUGUCAAUCCUUUCUGGUUGUGGUCUUUGCAGGCACCACUGUGCAUUGGGCAUGGUGGCGGUGGUAAGACGCACCUGUGAUCCAACAGAAUGGGAGCGAGGUUUGUGGGUUGUAUGUAUGUUGAACUUAUUUUUCACCAUAUGUUGCCAACCGUGCUAAUCGGAGGUACAUUAAGACAUCUGUGUGUGUUAUAAAUUAUAGGUUGAAUGGUCUUUAGAAGGCAGAACAGCAAGUGUGGUGGGGCGGGGAUUCGGAGCUGGUCUGGG